UUUUUUACUGUGACAGGUAAUAGGAGAGGCUAGCCAUUUAUCAGGUUAUUCUUUCUCUGCCCAAAACAACAUUAUCCAUCCUUCUGCAGAGCUUGGGGCAAAAACAACUGUUGGACCACAUUGUAUGUUGGGGGAAGGUUCACAAAUGGGUGACAAAUGCAGUGUGAACCGGUCUGUCAUUGGCCGUCAUUGUCGGAUAGGUGCCAAUGUUAAGGUUUUUAAUUCAGUAGUUAUGAAUCAUGUUUCUAUUGGAGACUGUUGUUCAAUCCAAGGUUCUGUUAUCUGUAGCAAUGUACAGCUCCAAGAACGUGCAGUAGUAAAAGAUUGUCAAGUUGGAGAAGGUUAUGUGGUCACUGCUGGUAGUGAGUGCAAGGGAGAGGUCUUAGCUAAGAAAUGAAACUGAGAUGUGAGAAUCCAGGCUGGGAAAUUCAUACCAAAGUGAUGAGAGGUGUGGGAGUGUUCCGGAUACUAAAUGGUCUAUAGAGAAUUACGAGUCUCAUUGAAGCCAUUACUUCUAUUUUUUUGCUUAUAAGUGGUUUGGUGUUAACAUCAGAGGUUCUCAUUAAUAAAUUUCUAUACCAUUCAUUCGCUUUUGUUAGUCCA